AGCGCGGGCAGACACACCUACUGCACACAAUCGCGCACUAGGGCCUUAUAAUAUCUGCCAAGUACCGGUGCGUUAAAUGUCAAACUACAAUAAGAUUUAGGGAUUGUACGUUGUUAUUUCGAGGCUUACUAACAACAUUUGAGGAAGACAAAUGGAACCCACAUAGCGGUUCGCCUAUCAGGCAGCAAUCUUCAGCGCGAGAAGUACCAGAUGGUUGUUCUUGUUGUAACAUGGAGUUGUCGGAGCACAUAAAGACCGCUAAUGUUGAAGACGUUAUUCUAAAACAGCCUUUCCAUCCACCGCUCAAAGGAACCCUUUGUAUAACCAGUCACCACCUUCUGUUCUCAGAUAGAAAGGAGGAAAGUUCAUGGCAACUUCUGCUUCUAAUCAGAAACAUCGAUGCCAUCGAGAAAAGUGUCGAGAAUCUGUUUGGAUACCCCAGCUACACCACUAAAGCAAGCCAGGGCAAAAGGCCUGUGGGGUCCUCCGGUACUAUCACCAUUAAAUGCAAAGACCUGCUUAUUCUUCAGCUGGAAAUUCCUGGAAUGGAGGAAUGUCUAAACAUAGCCAGUUCUAUAGAGGCUCUCUCAACACUGGAAAGUGUGAAAGAGAUGUAUCCCUUCUUCUACAGACCUUCACAUCUCAGUCUACAGGGUCCAUGGGGCCUUUCCUCAACAGAGCAGUAUUACAAACAAACAGAAAGACUGUGGGACAGCUGGAGGGUGAGUAAAGUAAACUCGGAUUACUCUGUCUGCCCAUCUUAUCCAUGUGCGGUCAUUGUGCCCCGUGAGGUGGAUGAUGACAUGGUGGUCCGGGCAGCCCGGUUCAGGCAGGGUGGCAGGUUUCCUGUGCUCUCCUACUGUCACCAUAGGAACCGAAUGGUGAUCAUGCGAAGCAGCCAGCCUUUGACAGGAGCCAAUAGAAAGAGAUGUAAGGAAGAUGAGCUCCUUCUCCAAGCAGUACUAGAUGGGUCAGAGCUGGGUUACAUCGUUGAUUUGCGUUCUGCCCAGCAAGCCCAGCAGGCCCGGAUGACAGGAGGGGGUUUUGAGUCUAAAACCUGCUACAGCCACUGGAAAAGACUGCAUAGAUACCAUGAAAGGGGUAAGAUGCUGCAGGAGAGUCUAAUUAAACUGGUGGAAGCGUGUGGCGACCAUUCUCAUAGUGUGGAUCGCUGGCUCAGUAAACUGGAGAAUUCUAAAUGGCUUUCUCAUGUUCACAGUGCACUGUCCACUGCAGGCCUGGUUGCAGAGUGUUUAGAAAGGGAUGGUCACUCUGUGCUUGUGCAUGGGUCUGAAGGGACAGACAGCACGCUGCUUGUGACCUCAUUGGCUCAGCUUAUAUUAGAUCCUGCCUCUAGAACUCUCAGUGGCUUCCUUUGCCUACUAGAGAGGGAGUGGAUACAGGCUGGACACCCAUUUCAGCAGCGCUGCGCUCAUUCAGCGUACUCUCAUGCCCGUCUGAAGCAGGAAUGUCCAUCCUUCCUCUUGCUACUCGACUGUACGUGGCAAUUGUGGCGACAGUUUCCGCUGGCACUAGAGUUUAGUGAGGCCCUGCUGCUCCGACUGGCACAAGAGGUUUAUGCAUCUGAAUAUGGCACCUUCCUGUGUAACAGUGAGCAGGAGAGAUGUGCUUUAGGAGUGAAGCAGAACACACACUGUUUGUUUCAGUCCCUAUUGAGGUCUGGUAAUGGAGAGCAGUACCUCAACCCACUGUAUGAACGCACUGAGCUGGCCAUUUGGCCCUCAGUGCAUCCUCAGUCCUUACAGCUAUGGACAGGCUUGUUCCUCAGAUGGACUGAGUAUGCUCAGAACAUUGUGGAAGCUCGAGAGGAGCUGUGGAGCAUUGUGAAGGAGCACCGUGAGAGCGCUGGACUGGAACGGAACUAUUACACCCUCAGUACACACUGUGAACCAUUGACCCCUUUUGAGAAUCUCAUGGAUGAGCUGACUAUCUUGUGACCACGUGGUGGAAAAGACAUUUUAAAGUCUGUUACUCACUGUCUAAAAUCUGACCCAUAAACCCCAAAGCAAAGCAGAACAGUUUGUGCUUAAGUCGGUAUAGGAAAUAACUUAACAAGUUAUAUGAAAUAAGUCUCUACCAAUUUAUCUCAGACAAUCAGACAAACUGCCAUUUAAAGAGCUAUCAGACAAACUGCCAUUUAAAUCAAUCAGAUAAACUUUCAUUCAAGAGUAAUCAGACUAAUCUGUUUUUGGAAAUUAUAUCUUAGCAGUAUGGAAAAUAGUGAUGCGAAUGUAAACAACCCUAAAUGUGUUUGUCAUAGUGUUUUUUUUGACAGACUGUCUAUAUUCUGACUUUGUCAGGUAACCUUAAAAAAUUGCUUCAUGUGGUAACAUCUACAAUAACUGCUUUUAUUCAAUCCAUAAAUGUUGUUUAAUCAGACUAAUUUUACCUGCAAAAUAUGGUUACACCAAUGAAAGUUAUUUGUAUGGGUUAGAUCAAUUACAAAUCGAUCCUUGAGGUAACAAUUGCAGGUUACCUCUUUACCCAGUGUAUGUUCUACAUUAGACAUUAGUGAUCGCCUAAUUGUAUUUAUGGUGCAACACUUUGUAUUGAAGUUACAUGUUUGUGUUAAAUGGUAAGUUUUACACGUUUUACACACUGUCACAGACAGCUGAAUGUUGAAUUGGGUGAAUGUGAGAAGUUUGCUAUCCUCUGAAGACCUAUCUGAUGUUAAACCUGCAUGAACAAUUAAAUGG